GGAUUACAGAUGUGAGCCACUGCACCCGGCUAGAACCUUUCUUCUAAAAUGUUUGUCUUCUCAGUCGUCGUGGGCUCUGGAAUGGUAGAAACUUAAGAAGAACUCAAAAAGGCCUCUGCUUUCCAAUAGCUUUCCUGUGCCUGGCCAGAGUCCAGGCUUCUGAGAAUUUCAAUGUAAUCUGUGGUGGGGACAAAGGAUCAUUAUAAACUAAUUAGCACUUCAUUGCUGCUCCUGGUGAGUUAAUAUGAUCAGCACUUCACUAAUGGAAAGAAAUGUAGAAACCCUAAACAAGUAAACAGAAUUUCCUGCCAAGUUACUGUGGAUGAGAGGUCGGGGGAGAUGAAGAUGACAAAUCCCCUCAGAUUGCAUUAUUUUAGUAAGUGCAGCCCUCGGCCCAGAGUGCCACCAUCACAGCCUGCAGUGCUCCUGCCCCAGGACAGCCCUUCCAUCGCCUCUCUUGGGGUUCAUUCCACACGCCCCUUCUCCCCCUCAAUGUUAGCAUGCCGUCCUUUUUCCUCUCCUUGUCUGGUGUCUGUUUCAAAAUCCCCCCUACUUUUUUGUGCCCAGCCUCCCUGCCUCCUGUCACCCUGCUGCCCUGCUCAGCCAAGAGCAGGGACCCCAAUUAGAAUCGUAGCUAGUCACUCCGUGCUGACUGGAUGAUGCCAGGCAAGUCCCUUCGCUUCUCGGAGCCUCAGUUCCUCCAGCUGUUAAGUGGGACUGCUACCACCAAGUUCAGACCAUUCCUCCUCUCCUCCUCUAGGGAGCAUUUACUGAGCACCUACUGUGUGUUCGUCAUGGGGCUCAGAGCUUUAGCUCCUUUCUAAAAGUACUGUGUGGUUUGCUGGGUACAGAGCAGGCUUUCAAUAAGUGUCAUUUCCCUUUAGUGCCCUAAUGACCUCUUUUUGUUGCGAGUGUUAGAAACACAAUUUAGGCAAAAAGGGGAUGUAUGAGAAAAUUGUUGGGGUCGCAUGUGGCUACACAGCAGGAUGGUCAGGGACAGCGGCACACUUGGUGCCCGCAGCACUCACUGUCUGCUUGACCCUGCUGUUGGCUUCGUUCUCUGCAGAACUGGGUUUCCUUACUCAGCAGGAAGAUGGCCACUGGCAGUUCUCAAAUUUCACAAACUCUAGCUCUCACCACAGAGAGAGGGAAUCUCUUUCCCAGCGUGGGCUGGAGAAAGCCCAGUGCAGCCCUGGACCCCUCUGGGGUCGGCUCGCGGUGGCCGGGAGGCAGGGAUGUAGCGGAGCACUGAACACCGGAGCCGGAGCCGCGGUUGCUCCUGGAGGACCAGGCGCUCUUGCCAGCCUUUCCCUUCAGGGGCUCCUGGUGGUGACAGGCUCCUCUGUGUCACUUACGGCCUUUACCUGGCCCUGCUCCAGAGCCACAUGGCUAAAAGUGGCCUCGGUGCUCAUGGAGCUUGUCGGGAUCGGGCCUGGGCCUGGCCUGGAGGCCCCAGAGAGGGAGCCCUGUCAGCUGGACACUUGCCUCCGUGGCCUAAUACUUGAACUGAGAAGUGGGGAAGACCCAGCCCUGCCGGAGGGGUCCUCGGGCACCCCUGGAGAAUACCCAGGUCCCUCAGUCUUUAAGCUAACCCGUGGACUUGUGCAUGCCUCAGUGAGAGGACUGGGGACAGUGCGUGGCAGACUCUUCCUGAGAGAGGUGUAGGCGCCAACACCCAUUUCCACGCCCCUAAUAAUCCCAGCCACUCGUGCUGAACCUUUCUCAGGGCCGGGCCCUGCACCGAGUUCCACAUAUCAUCUGAUUUCAUCCUCACAGCUGUCCUGGGAGCUGGCACCACCCUCAUCCCCACAGAACACGGCAAGAAGCUAACACCAGGAGGUCCAUUGACUGCCCAAGCAAUAGAGGAGGCAGUGGGGUGGGAUUCAGAGCCAGGGCUUUCCGAGUCCACCCCACACCUUGACAAACGUUCAUUACAGGAGGGAAAUAAAGGACUUUGUCUCCAAUCCUUGUGAUAUGGUUUUGCUUUGUGUCCCUACCCAAAUCUCAUCUUGAAUUGUAUU